AUGCAAGCUCCAUCUCAACCUCAUACUCAGUCUCCAAGUGCAGCAGUGCUUGGUCGAUCUGCAAUCCUCGCGCCUCCGAAUCUCGCUCCUGAUGAUACCGACCGUUGGCUGGCCCCUGUGCUUCGCACUGCUCCCGACCACCUAAGAAAGUGGCUCAUGGACAUGAGUAGCCGUGAUCAUGAUAAAAUUUAUAUGACAGAAAUUGAUGAGGAGGCCAAAACCUGGAUCCAAGAGCAUCGUGAAGAAGUAAUUGAGGCCAUGCCUGUUCGACUUGAAACCUAUGAAAACAAUAUAAUUCUACAAAUCCCAUCACAGAUCCAUCAGUUUGCCGGUCAGGUCAUCAAGGAAGCUAUCAACUCCAGAUAUAAAUCUGGCACCCAGGACAUCACAAUUAUGGAAUCUGCUGAUAUCCCCCUUCUCGACAAGCAUUGGAAGCAGUGCGACAUCCAAAUCUAUGACUUAGGGCCUCCACCUGACAGCGCCAGCGCGGCCAUCCAAAAGGCUUACUUGUACCCCACUGUUGUAAUUGAAGUCAGGAGGCUGUGGCUUGGCAUUGCCCUCAAUAUUGGCAAAGGCCAAAUCCCUGUCCUCACCGUCACCAUCUUUGUGUUUGCACCAGGCUUGAUGUCAGAAGAUGAGGUUGAGGAGGCAAGGAUUGAAUCCGGUCGAGUGUAUGGCCGAUAUGAGGGGCAUUGGGUACCGGUCGCAUAUCAAGAUCACAGAUGCUACAAUCAUUUCUUAGCCAUCGGGCCAGAGACAAUUGAAAAAAAUGGGAAACAUGGCAAACCAGUCUACUAUUGUGUGAAAAAGGAUUCCUGGAUAAUUACAGAGGAUGGGCAUGGCCCUGAGCAAGAUAUCAUUAUCCAGGAGGGGUAUUAUAAGCGUGCUUAUAAGGACUAUGAUGCUCCUGCUCUGACUAUCCCUGCUGAUGAAUUGUGGAAAGCCCUGUUGAAAUGUAAAGAAGUAACAGGAGUGCUAAAAAGUGAUAUGGAGUCCUACAAAAAUACUGGUACCACUGGGGAACCCAAUGCCGAGGAUUCCGAGCCAAGUGAAAGGUGGCAGCAACGGGUAAUUAUGGAGGUUGAUUUCGAUGCUCCUGUUCCAAAGAAGUUGAAACAAAGCCACUGACAUCAUAAUGACAUGGACAUUGAAGGAAUAAAAAUUUGGUGUGUUAAUGAAUUAUCAUUUCCACUUCACCCAAGGCAGAACUAACUCUGCUAUGUCUCAGUUUCAUCACUUGAGCCUGUGAGGAUCAGUAUUUUUUCUAGCAAGCACAGGUAUUGCUGAUCAGCCACUGGAGUGAUCAAUUGAAAGUGCAACUGAAAACAUUGACCUGUUGUGCUUUCAUCAAUCUUCAGCCGUUCCUCUUCAGAAUAUACAUACCACCCCUUUAUAUACUAUAUUUUCAUUUUA